GUCAGCGCUUCCGAGCACGACUGACUCGCACCUACCUGUGAUUCGAUUAUAUUCAAACUUUCGUGCACGCGAGUGUGUGUGUCGUAAUGUAUAUAGAGUACACUGUGUAGUGUGCGACGACGUGCGCGUGUAUGUUUAUCCGUGUGUACGUGUAUAAAUAUACACCUAUAUAAUAAUAACACGCCGCUCGGGACUCGCGGGCUUCGACGACAUCUCUCGCGCUAGCCUGGCACAUAUAUUAGUGCUCUCCGUGGCUGGCCGCUGCGACUCUCCGUACUCGCUGUGCAAUAUUAGUAGUGCGGCUCUGGGCGUUGUAAGCUACUACACUGGCAGGCAGCGUACACGACCCAUCAUACUCGGAAAAAUAAGCGUCGCGACACCCUCUCGGCACACGACAGUCUCAUCGCGACGUUUCGAGCCCCCGACUUACGCGGCUCGAUCAUUUUUCGCUGUUUAUGGCCCAGUCAAAAAAACCAAGUAUUAGCUGAUAAACUGAAAACAUGGAUAUCGCUAAGGAUGAAGACCGGCGCAGACGCCUUCAGGCUCUGGAAGAGCGUAUCAAAGAUCCAAGAAGCAUUACAAAUAUUGACUGCUUACUGGAUACUGUUCAAGCUCUUGUGGCAGACUGUAAUCAUGAUACAGUUAAACGCAUGAAAAACAUCGAAGCUUACACAAAUAGAUAUAAUGCAGUUGCUAAUGAUAUUAUUAGCUUACGAAUGAGGUAUGACGAUUUUAAAAUGCUUAAAGUCAUUGGAAGAGGAGCUUUUGGCGAAGUGCAGUUAGUGAGGCAUAAAUCAACAAAAAAAGUUUAUGCAAUGAAACUGCUAAGUAAAUUUGAAAUGAUCAAAAGAUCUGAUUCUGCCUUUUUUUGGGAAGAACGUGACAUCAUGGCGCACGCAAAUUCUGAAUGGAUAGUACAGCUACAUUUUGCUUUUCAAGAUAAAAAGUACUUGUACAUGGUGAUGGAUUAUAUGCCUGGUGGUGACUUAGUAAACUUAAUGUCACAGUACGACGUUCCAGAAAAGUGGGCUAAAUUUUAUUGCGCGGAAGUGGUGCUUGCCCUCGAUGCGAUUCAUAAUAUGGGAUUCGUGCAUCGUGACAUAAAACCGGACAAUAUGCUACUCGAUAAACAUGGUCAUUUGAAAUUAGCGGAUUUUGGGACUUGCAUGAGAAUGGGAGAAGAUGGGCAAAUUCGAUCGGAUAUAGCAGUUGGAACUCCAGACUACAUAGCACCCGAAGUUUUGCAGUCUCAAAGUGGUGACAGUGUAUACGGUCGAGAAUGUGACUGGUGGUCCGUUGGCGUUUUCCUGUAUGAAAUGCUAGUCGGAGAUACACCUUUUUACGCAGAUUCUCUCGUUGGCACUUACUCAAAAAUAAUGGAUUUCCGAAACAGCUUACACUUUCCCCCUGAAGUAGAUAUUUCUCAUCAUGCCAGGACAUUAAUAUGUUCUUUUUUGACCGAUCGAACUGAGCGCAUCGGCCGAACCAAUGUCGAUGAUAUAAAAAGGCAUCCAUUUUUCCAAAACGACCAAUGGACCUUUGAAAACCUUCGUGAAAGCGUGCCACCUGUUGUUCCUGAACUAACUGGAGAUGACGAUUCAAGUAAUUUUGACGAUGUUGAAAAGGAGGAUGGUCCAGAAGAGAAUUUUCCGACUCCAAAAGCAUUUUGUGGAAAUCAUUUGCCAUUCAUUGGUUUUACAUAUUCAGGAGAUCAGUUAUUACUUUCCAACCCUAUUUACUAUUCUGACGUGCGGAUGGCAGGUCGAGAAGCUGUGGAUGGUUUAGAAAAUCACGUCAAUAAUGGAACUUGCGAGGAUGUGAAGGUUAAUGAACUUGAGUGCCUUCUCGAUAAGGAGCGUCAAAUGGUUGAAGAGUUGGAAUCGAAAUACCAAACUCUUCUUAACCAACUCGCAGCUCUCUCAGAAACUGAAUCUCAACUACGUGAGGAAGCAUCUCGCGCGGAUACAGAGCUUAGCAUUGUGCGUCGCAAUUGCAGGGAAUCUGCUCGUCGAAUCGAACAAGAGAUGGAAUUGCGUCGAAAAGCUGAGCAGUCACUAAACGAAUUAAAGAAAAAAUUCGACGAGGAACAAACUAAACGCGCGAGAGAUGCUAGCUCGAGUCAAGCAUCGACGGAAAAAAUUUCGAAUUUAGAAAAACAAGUGAAAGAACUUCAAUCUAAAUUAGAAAGAGAAACCGAAAUGAUUACAAGGUUACGGAAACAAGCUGCAGAAAUCACUGUGGCUAGACAAACAGCUGAACAAUUGGCUACUGAGUUGCAAUUAUCUAGGUCACAACUGCAAUCUCAGAGGGACGCCUUGCAACAAGAUGUGGCAAAUUUACAAGGUCAACUUGCCAAAGAGCGGAGCUCACGUUCGCAGGCAUCAACAUUAACAACUGAACUUGAAAUGCGUUUAACAUCAUUACACAAUGAAUUGGAGCGAAGUAAAGAACGAGAGGAAAAAGUCACGAUCGAUAAUCGUUUACUCAACGAAAGGAUAUUAACGCUGGAAAAAGAAUCUGCAAGCUUAGCCCUCGAAUUGAAAGCUGCUCAGAAUAGAUAUAAUCAAGAAGUUGCGUCGCGCCAUGAAACUGAACGCUCUAGAUUAUCACCCAAAGAUGAAGCAAAUUUGGAAGACUUUAAAGCUCUUCAAACGAAAUUAAAUGAAGAAAAAAAUGGUCGUCAACGAGCCGAGCUUCUAGCGCAAGAAAAAGAACGGCAAACAUCCAUGUUAUCUGUAGAUUACCGCCAAAUACAACAGAGACUUCAAAAACUCGAGGGAGAAUAUCGCCAAGAAGCUGAAAAAGUAAAGGUAUUGCAAGGUCAAAUUGAGCAGGAGCAAAAAAAACGUAACGUCUUGCAAUCUGAACUAGCUCAACAGUCGUCAGAAGCGAGUAGGUUAAAAGAAAGAGAACAUCAGUUAGCAGGUGAAGUGACGCAGCUUAGAGAAUCGAAAAGGAAACUUGAAGAAGAAGUCCGACAACUGAUACAGCAAAAAAAUAUUGACAAAUUACAGAUCAAAGACCUGCAAGAAGAAGCUAAACACGAAGGUUACUUUGCCUCACUUUACAAAAAAGAAGUUGGACAUGUAAGAGACGAAUUAGAAGAAAAGUUACAACAACAAAAAACCGAGUUUGAAGAAGAACUUAAUUCAUACAUUCGUCAAUUACAAGUGGCUCUUGCAAGAGCUGACACUCAAGCUUUGCAACGUUCCAUUGCUGAGGAAACUGUAUCUGAUCUUGAAAAAGAACGUGUUAUGAAAGAUCUCGAGCACAAAGAGGCCACUGCCAAACUUCAUGUAGACAUUGGUUGCAAAGACCAAAUGAUCACUCGGUUGAAAGAGACCGAAUCUAAUCUUAAAAAGGACUGCGAACAGAUCGCUAAUGAAAGGGAUGAUUUAUCAAAGCGCAUAGUAGAUUUAAAUGAAGAAAUAGCAAAGUUGAAGGACAGUGGCGAGAUCGCAAAACUGAAUGCUAAAAUUAAAUCUGAAGAAGUACUGAAACAACAAGCCAUUAACAAAUUAUCUGAAGUGCUAUUUCGUAAAGAUAAUUCUCACGGCAAGACAAAGGAUAAAGCUUCAUCCGCUGAUCUUAAGAAAAAAGAAAAGGAUUGUCGCAGAUUACAACAAGAGCUUACGGCUGAACGCGAAAAAUACGGCCAAUUGUCUGCAAAGAUGCAAAAAGACAUUCAAGAUUUGCAAGCACAAUUGGUUGAAGAAAAUCAGUGUAAAUUAAAGCUUCAAAUGGAGCUGGAUUCCAAAGAUUCUGAAAUCGAGACUCUUCAGGCGAAAAUCCAACAAAUGAACUCGGAAACGGCGAGUGUGUCGUCUGUUGAAAAUGAAGGUGAAGAUGAGCAUGGCGUUAUGCGACUCGAAGGCUGGCUCAGUAUUCCAAAUAAGCAAAAUAUCAAGCGUCACGGCUGGAAGAAGCAAUACGUGGUCGUAUCAUCCAAAAAGAUUAUUUUCUAUAACAGCGAAAGCGACAAAAUUAACGCCGAUCCGGUGCUCAUACUUGAUCUCAGUAAAGUCUUUCACGUGAGAUCUGUUACGCAGGGUGAUGUGAUUCGAGCUGAUGCCAAAGAUAUUCCUAGGAUAUUUCAGUUACUUUAUGCUGGAGAAGGUGAAGCAAGAAGACCCGACGAGGCUGCUGCGCUGCCUGUACCUGACAUGACGCAGAGCGACAAACCUGGAACACAACCAGUUAAGGGACACGAGUUCAUCUCUAUUUCUUUCCACAUGCCUACAACUUGUGAAAUUUGCUCAAAACAGCUAUGGCAUAUGUUCAGACCUCCACCAGCUCUUGAAUGUCGACGAUGUCACAUAAAGGUGCACAAAGAGCACUUGGAAAAGAAAGAAGAUUCAAUAGCGCCAUGUAAAUUGCACUAUGAUCCAAACAGUGCACGUGAAAUGCUUGUAUUGGCUGGCAGUACUGAUGAUCAAAAAUAUUGGGUUACACGUUUAUCCAGGCGCAUUCAAAAAUGCGGCUAUAAGGCAAAUUCACACAUCGACGGAAACUCCGGCGGUUCUGGUCAGCGUAUCUCGCCAAGAGAGUCGACGAGGUCCACACUCAAGCCGUACCUGUCGGCACAUCAAAGGUCAGCCACUUUACCUGCGAAUGCGAGCAUGGGCAAGUGAUCAAAAUAGCUUUUUCUAAACUUCACAUCAAUUAACAAACAAGUAAGAGUUAAUUUCAAACACACGAUGCAGCUGUGUGUGAACUGUUGGUCACGGGAAAAUCUUUUUGUUCACUUACAUUUAAAGCAAACUACAUUCUACACCACCAAUAUCUCUCUAAACAAAAUGAUCUAAUCUGAAUGGUACUCGCUGAACUUUGAAGGGGGCAAAUAACCAAUUUUCUUACAUAAAUGCUUGAUUAGUUUAUAUGUAUUUGUACAACAACACAUCGACGUGCCACGAUAACGUUUCUUUUGUAAUUUAAAGAAUGCUACGAACAAUCGAUUUUUAUACGUAAUUAGCAGAAAUCUACAUUACCAUGUUGUUCUUGUAAGUAAUUUUUGCUAUUUUUUUAUGUAAACAAAAUAUUUUUUUAUCAAUUAUGUACGAAUCGUUACUAUUGGAAUUGUUCACACGUUUGCUGAAUUUACAUUCAUAUAAUUAUUUCUUAAAUUUCAACCAUUGUAUAUUUUACGUUUAUGUUGCCAUGAGUAACAGAUUGGUUGAAAUUUAUGAAAGUUCAAGCUUACAAGCGAAUCAAAAAAUUUCUGCAACUAUAGUAUUAAAAAUUGUCUAUAUGAACUAUAUUAUGAAAUAGUUUGGUUCAAUGAGUAUUGAAAAAAAUCUUUUUUGAUACAAGAUGAUAGUUUUUUACUCGUUACUAAUGAUAAUGUUAAAUGAAUUAAUGUAAUAAAGAUGAGAAUUUUAGUACUUCAAAAAAGUACGUAGCGUUGAGUCUCCGAGAAAACACUAUCGUUCACCGAAAAAAGUACGAUUGGAUCUUGACUAUUUUAAUAUUUCCAUGCUGUUACGAUUAAAUUCGAUGACUCAUUUAUUAAAUAUAUUUUAUCGCGCAAGUUUAUUGCAUGUAUUGCAAUAAAAGUAAUGAAUUAAUUAAUAUGUAUAAUGUUUUACCCUCUGUGAUUCGACGGAACCAUAUUUUUCAUAGUGUUUAAUGAAUUUUCGUAAAUUUUGUAAUCAAUUUAAAAAUCACGUUUACAUUUUUGAUACACUAAAGUAAGACAUUUGACAAAUUCGUUUUGUCGAGAAAAUUUUUGAUACGUGCAAAGAAUUUGAACAUUUCGUUAGUAGGGCAAACUGAAAUGAAUGCCUAACUUCAUUAGUUCAAUAAACUCCGACGAAAAAGAGUAUAUGAACUUUUUUCUGAUGAUUCACUGAAAACGUAAGUUAUUACAGUAAGCAUCGAGGGUCUUCCUAUAAUUACAACCUUGGAAAAUGAAUUUGAAAUGAGUUAAAUAUUGAGAAAUGAAAUGAAUUUGAUUUAAAUUUAAGAAAAUUGAAAAUUUUCAAGUCAAGUUGUGGCUACCUAAUACAAUGAAAUUUAGAUUUAAAUGCGAUUGAGCUUUUUACAUGUUAUUUUUAUAUUGUUAUACUAUUAAGACAAAUUAGCAUUCGAUAAACGUGACUGACGAUUUAAGUUAAAAUACUUUUUGUUUUUAAUACAAUUUUUGUUAAUAUAGACUAAGUGUCGACAUUUCAUGGAUUUUCUUACAUCGAUGAGUGAUAUUAAAUCAAGAUAAAUUUUUCUCGAAAAUAAAAACUUUAUUACGAUUGCGAUCAAUUUAAGUAAUCCACUGUUUAAUUGACAAUACAUUAUGUUAAGCAGCCUGCAUUUGAAGUACUUUUCAGGGUAAAUAGAGUGCGCCAUAUUACGUGUGUAUCGAAGAUAGAUGCUUUGAAAAAUAGUUAUUUUGUUUUUCUAACGAAUUUCAUUUCAAGAAAAUACGAAUGAAAGGUAGAAAUAGCUACAAAAUAUAUGAAAAAAAGUCUCAUACCAAUCCGUGCCAACAAGUGCUUUAAUUGUUUCGUUGAUAAAUAAAUACGUUGAUUUCAUCGUAUCAUGCAUCUCUCCUUGUAUAUUGUUCAUUUUUUGUAAUUAGUGGGUUUGCAGCGAAUUGGUGCUUAUUAAGCUCGUCCUUAACAUGAUGUUCACGUAUACGAAAAGGGAAGUCAAUUUGAUUGUACGAUCAAGCCAUGAAAUGUACAAAUAAUCAUGAAAACUGCUCUGUGCCUUAUCCCUUUUUGAUCUCUUUUGCGUCUAGGUAAUACCUGAACUUCAUUAUAUGUGGGAUGUACAAUAACUUUUUUAUCUCUAUUUUAAGUGAAUAUAAAUGUACUUUUUUCAAAUGAAAGUGUGUAGCAAUCGGAUUUUCGGAAUGUAAAGAGAUGAAAAGAAAAAAUGAUUUUAGCUGCGAUGAAUGUAUGAAUGAAUGGAUAAUGUCUUGAAUAAAAUUGUAUGAUGAAUUUGUUACAACGUA